UUGACAGUGACAGUUUGCAAUUUGCAAAUAAAUAAAUAAAAUGUUUGGAUAAUUGUUUUAAGUUAAUUAUAUGCGUGUACAGUAGGUAUUAAGUAAUUAAUGAAAAUUGCAGUUAAAUAUGGAUGGGAUUGUCCAUUUUGAUUUCAAAGGCGCUCCAUUGAAAAUAAAUUAUUUAGAAACAGUAUUUAAAAACAUAAAAACAUGGGGAGCUACGGGAGUGCUAUUAGAAUGGGAGGAUACUUUUCCUUAUGCUUCAAACUUAAAAGAUAUUGGCAGCCAAAGAAGUAGUGUUGGAGCUGGUGGUGAUGGUUUGUACAGCAUUGAUGAUGUUCAAACUAUAUUUAGACUUGCCAAAGAAAAUAGUUUGGAAGUAAUCCAAUUAAUUCAAACAAUAGGUCACAUGGAGUUUGUAUUAAAGCAUCCAUCAAACAGCAAGCUGCGGGAAGCACCACAUUCUCCUGCAGUGCUCUGUCCAACAAAUCCGGAGUCUCUGCCACUUGUUACAUCAAUGUUGCAACAAGCAUUAGAUGCCCAGCCUGAUUCUAAAUAUAUACAUAUUGGUGCUGAUGAGGUGUGGCACUGCGGGGAGUGUGCGCAGUGCCGGCUAGCGGCGGGCGCGAGCGCGGGCGGCGCGGCGGCGCUGUAUCUGCGACACAUACAAAAUGUAGCCUUAUUGUUAAAGAAAAAGAAGCCAGAUUUAAUUGUACUCAUGUGGGAGGAUAUGUUGCGCUCUAUGACUGCGGAUGUCUUAAAAUCAUAUAACCUAGGAGAUCUAGUCCAGCCCGUGGUGUGGCAUUACAACCCAAUAGAAAGCUUCUCAUUGUCACCUGCAAUGUGGGAGACAUACAGACAGACAUUUCCUAAAGUAUGGAUAGCUUCGGCGUAUAAAGGUGCCAACGGCGGCUCACAGGUAGUCUCGCCAGUCGGCCGAUACGUCAGCAACCAUGAGGGAUGGCUGAAAGAGAUCGAUAAAUAUGCAUUCCAAAUUAAUUUUGUAGGUAUUAUAUUUACUGGAUGGUCAAGAUGUUUCAGGUAUGACCACUAUUCAACACUAUGUGAGUUGUUGCCGGUAUCUCUGCCAUCUUUAAAAAGUUGUUUGCGAAUCUUUCUAAAGAGAAACACAUCACUACCAAUGGAGGAAAGCGAAGAAGUACCGGAGUCGGAGUUGUCAAGUUCCGUGCAGCGCUACGUCGACCUCAAGGACCGCUGUCACAACUUCCUGCACUCGGACCAAGUGGCAACAUGGUUCAAUAGAUGGCAAAUAGAGAACGAAUUUACCAAUCCAUUGCAAAUUCAGAACGUAAUGCAGUUUGCAAAGCACUUAUUAACGGAUAUAUUAGUACUGCAAGAGACAAUAACGCCACAACUUCACGCUGUAACGGGAAGGAGGAGCGCAGAUGAGUGGAUAGGAACAUUCCUGAGGCCUUUAAUUCUGCAAUUAAGUGAUAUCUAUGAGACAGCUGUACGUAGAAUGAAUGCCGGCGCUAGUGUUCUACCAAAAUGUAUUGAUUUUUGACGCAUAGCGUGUUAAUUGUGAUAUAUUUAUUCUGUGUUUUAAGAAAACUAUUUUAAGUCAUAAUAAACGAAUGUCUAUAAA